AUGUUCCAACCCUUAUGCGAAGAUGUCCGGAAUCUAGACGCCGAUCACUUCGAUACGUGGUUGAAUAAGCCACAUAAGGGAUGGAACUCUACAUGGCUCAGCCGAUGUAAGGCGUACCUACCACAAUUAAAGUCGUUUAGAACCGUCGCACUGAGCUUAAGCAACUUGGAUCCGCACAAGAUCGCGCCUUGGGUUAUUACCGGCCUUUAUCUCUCCGCUGAAGUAUGCUUCGGUACAGUUGACCCAUUGACGCGCGAUAAGGCCAUGAACACAAUAUUGAAGACAAAUAUUAUUUUUAUAAAAUGGCUUGAUAGUGAACCUGAUAUGAGGGUUAUGAAAAAGAGGAAACCAUCUUCAGAUAUAACAGAUAUUGAAAGUCGACUUGAGAAACUAUAUUUGGGCAGCCUAGUGUUGAUUUUCACGAUUUACAAGUCCGGAAAGACGCGAGGUAGUCGUGCUAUUGUCAAAUGGAUCAAACCCAGCAGCGAGGACCCCGAGCCUGCGCAUCAAACGGUCAUGGAGCGAACAGGAGUUGACGAUCCUGGAUCAAAAGCUGGGCGGCGGUUCCUUGAGACAAAAGAGUUCACUUCGUGGAUAGAUCAAAUCCGCACGAAUGAAGCAGGAAAGAAAGUGUUUUGGCUGAAAGGUUCAAUGGGAGCGGGAAAGACAACCUUAAUAUGUCGAGUAAUCUCCCACUUUGAAGAGCUUCCUCUUAAGGGAAUCAGAUUCGUACGAUACUACUGCUUCGGUAGCCAAGCCGCAACGGAGUCAAAAGCACCUACGUAUGAGACCAUACUUCGUGCAUUGUGUUACCAGUUAGCGUGGAAUGGCAACAAAGGCGUAGCAGAACCUGCCAAAAGCCUGUACGAAAAUUUGGCGGCAAGAAAUCAAACGACCGAACCACUCACCAGGAAGAGACUGGAAGAGCUUCUCAAAAACCUACUCGAUUACGUUCGUCCUACCGAAAGCCCAAUAGUAUUUGUAAUUGACGCUCUUGACGAAUGUGAAAGUAAGGAUGAUAGCAAGAAACUGCUUGCAUUCCUAAAAAGGCUACAGCAAGAGGUCGGAGGCGUGUACUUCUUCAUUUCAUCUCGGCCCCAUAUAAACGUCGGAGGUCACUUUAAAGACUCCAUACAGGUUUUUAACCCUGUUCAACUUCAAACAGAAAAAGAUAUGGAGGUUUUCAUUAAAGAGCCAGAUAGAUUCAAAGAAAGAGGAUGUCGAAUGGAGAAAAAGCAUAUUCUGGACGAUGAGCUUCGCAAACAAUUAGAAUUGGCAUUAUUGAAGUCUGCUGGUGGCAUGGUUUCGCUGGACGAAUCCCUGGAAGAGACCAAGAAAAUCGAGAACGCUUACAGACGACUUUGGAAUAUUACCGACGAUCAGUAUAAGAAAUACCAAAUUCGCCUCUUUAGGAUAGUUAUGGGUUCGUUUGAACGACUAUUGGUCCAGCAGCUCCUUGAGGCUGUCUCCUUUAAUCCAGAUAACCCCAGUAGCUGUGAGGAUCUCGAGCUUGACGAGCUUGAAGGUCUGUACUGUAAUUUCUUCAGAAUAAGUGUCACGGGCUUCCUCGAGUUUGAACAUAUUUCGGCUAGAGUAUUCAUUUCCGAAUUGAAGGAAGAUGGUUCUAAUAAGUUGAUGUUCUCUGCGUAUGAGAACCAGUAUACCCUAGUAGAUAUCGCCAUCAAAACAAUCGAGCGGCCUAAUCAUUGGCUCUGA